UUUGCUUCCUCAGGAUUUUAACCCUGUUGCUGCCGUGUUCACCUACAGAGGUGUAAUAUAUUUAUAUAUCGUCGCAGGAAAUCUUCAAUACUAUAACAUGUACAUUCUUUUUUAAAUAUGCACAUUUUUUCCCCCAGUUGUCAGUAAAAAUAUUUAGGAACAUAGAUGAUGACGUGACAUGUAGUUCGGACUCUUGGUCACUGGAUGGUGAUCAUGAACACAUCCUGCCGUCUGUCUGAAAAAGAGGAAGAUACUAACGUUACGUUCAUACAGAGCCACUGCAUACGCUUCCACAUAGGAAGUUGCAGGAUGAGCUGGAAGUAGGUCCUCUCUAAAGUUGUGUCUCACUCGAGGCUAAUAACUGCAGCAGUGUGAGUGAUCAUCCACAGUGAGACUGGAUGGACUCCGAGGUGUCUGUCCUGCUGCACUGUGCAGCCUGGAGGGGCCUGCUGGAGUCUCAAGUACAAGUGGAGCUUUCUGAAAGAUUCAACAGGCAGACUGAUCCGGCUCUAGAGCGUCAAAUAGAGGAGGUGUGGGCAGAGCGAGCAUCCAAAGAGUCGUGGCUUUUCAACGGGAUGAAAUUCAGACUGCACUCUUUCUGCUUAGCCUCAUCGUGCUCUGUUUCUCCUCAACACCAAUCCUGCACUCACCCACCCCUCAUCCCCUUCUUAGAGCUUGCAGAGGAACCAGAAGGGGAAUUACAGGACAGCAGACAAAGGAUGGAGGAGAAUUUGUGUGUCAAUGAUUCUGUGCAGGAUGCUGUUCAGAGCAAUCUUGACAAAAGAAACAGACCUGGGAAUCAAAGAGAAGAUGUAGAUAGUGUCUGUGCAUUGUCACAAGCUUCCUCUGAUUACAGUGAGUCUAAGAGCAUUAUAGCUGAACAUCCUUCCAGAAACAGAGAAGAUCAAGGGAUCGGCCACCUCCUCACGCUUAGGCUAGGCCUUACAUGCUACAAAGAUUACUUGGGAACAAACUGGUCUAGUAGAGUGGCAGAGCUACGUCAGCAUGGAGAGCUGGAGUUUGGUGAUCCUCUGGCGCUGCUGGCUCAGCCUCUGGGUGUGGGUGCAGUCCUGUGUACAGACGACGGUCAGGUCGUGUUGAUCAGGAGGAGCCAGAGAGUGGCAGAGGCAGGGGGGCUCCUGGACAUCCCCGGAGGUCACCCAGAGCCAAAGGUGGUGUGUGAGCGCCUGGGCCAGGUAGUGUGUGAGCAGCAGAUCAGUGUGGACAUGAUGUCACAGAGGCCCGUCGUCUCAGAGCUGUUCUCGUCUGUCUGCGCUGAGAUCAGAGACGAGGUGAAUAUUCCUCUGAGCUCCCUCGGAGAGCCGGUCCUGAUGGGCGUCGCUCUGAAUCACACCAGCGCCGGCAGACCAAGUGCUGAGUUCUAUGUCAGUUGCUCGUUGACAGCUGACGAAGUAAGAAAAUUGUACUGGAAAGGAGGAGCCGAGGCCCAUGAGUCCACAGAUAUUGUCUUCUUCAGCAAGACGGAGGUUUUGCAGCUGGACAGAAGCAGCCCUCUGUGGUCGGAGCUGUGUCCUUCAGCUAAAGGAGCCGUGCUGCUUUAUCAGACCGUGAAGCCUGACGGCGAGGGAGACCAGAGCAGAUGACAUGACGUCCAGCUGAUCGCAUCAGAAAAUGAAUCCAGAUGAUCAAAUGUACAUUCACAACGAGAAACCUUGUCAUUAAAAUUCAGGGAUGUAUUACUAGUUGAUUCUCUUACCGAUACUGGUGUAAAAUACAGUAAAUGUUU